AUGAGGAACAGCGAAAUGACCGACGUAACUGACCAGCUCAACGAUAUCGAGGUCCCACUGACUGCUCAAAGCAAGGCACAGCGCAAACGACACGACGAAGCUAGCAGCCUCAUCGGUACUGACAUGACAGGCCUAGCGAAGCAGCUUAUGGAUGUCGACAUCGCACUAGCCAGCCACAGCGACGCAGAAUCGCGCAAAAGGCACGAUAGCGCCACCAAAGAGGUAAACCGAAAGCGGCAGCACGCCCUUGAAGAUCUGCAUAUCGACCUCGCGCCGGAUCACGAGCGCUCAACGAUCGUACAAGAAUUGGAGCAGCUCGACUCACCACCUUCUCUACUCUCACCCCUAGCACUCCAUCUUUGGAUUAGUGACGACGAAGAUGAUGAGCGAACAACGGAUGAGGAGGACGCUUUCUUAACAAUCGCUGUGCGGGAAUUAGAAGAGACGCGAGCAUCAUCGCGAGCCAAGAAAUCGAAGAAACGUAACUAUGGUAGGGUUGGUAGUAGCGGUGGAAUUGCAAAAUUGGUAAUCCAUGGUGGGCGCCCUGGGAAAGUGCGGGAUGACAGUAAGGCGCACGCGGAUAGGCAGGCGAGCAAGGUACCAAAGGAGGCUGACCGCAAUCAGCCGGCGCAUAUAGAACCAGUUGUUGAUCUGGACCGGGAGGAGUUAGAAUAUUCAGCGGAGCAGCAACGACGCGAGCUGUGGAGAGGCAGGAGAUAUAGUGCGUCUUCUCACUGGUCUACGAAAGCAGUCGCAAACUUUGGCGGAGAUGAAAACGACAAGUACGCGUGCUUUAAGUAGGCGGUUCUUCUACGGCAAGGGCAUACGAUUCUGGUGUGCUGCUUGUUGUGUGUAGUGCAGAAGGAACUCCUAUGGUAUGAACGGCGUCGAACCACGGAUGGAUACUCUUACUAUGUCCCAAAGCGAACUUCACUCCAUGUGCCGAGAGCGCUGCCCAUAUAUCAUUCUCGUCAUUCUCUGAGAUUUCUGCAAUACACAUGAUUCUGGUCUUAAUCACAUACAUCUUCAGCGUUUUGACUGUUCAAGAUGCCCCCUAAGGGGAGCAAAAAGCCUAACGGGCGCAAACGUCGCUAUGUUGACGAGCCCACAGACCCGGCGCCGUCGCGGCGACAACCACGGCCGCUUCUACCUGGAUCGCCAAAGCCAAGACGGGAUGUCAAUGGUAAUAUCACAAAUGCAGCUGACCUAAGUGAGGCUACACUCGCGCUCGCGCAGGGUAGG